UCAGGAUUUAUAUAGCGCCAACAGUUACAUUUUUUUCCCUUUUUAUUGCAAUGACUGAACUGUGUGUGUAUGUCAUUUCUCACAACAGAGCAGAGUCUGCAUCUCGGAUUAAGAUUCCUUUGCUUCAGUCUUACCAGCAAUCAAACAUCAUUGAAAUCCUGCCUUAUCAUCGGUGUGACUCAAGGUCUAAAGACCUCUCGAGUGAUCUCGAAUGUCUGUUGAGCCUCCAGAGUCAGCAUAUCCGUUCAAGACUUGCAGUCUGUUUGACAGUAAUGCCAUGCACAGAAGCUGAGGAGUUUGAAAAGAAUGGAAUUCUUGUGUAUGAUGUCGACACUUUCAUCAGAAGAAUCCAGAAAGUAGACAUACAGCUUCAGCCUUCUUUUUGG